AGAGUGUCUCCGUGUCGCAGGAGCUACCUCUACCACCACUGCUGAACUCACCGCUGCUCUGCUGCACUUCAAUGAGACUUAUGCUGGCAAAUUUCAGUUUAGUGAGACAGUCGAUGUCCGGUCUCGACUGGUCACAAGUCUGAUGUCUUGGCUGAGGAAGAGACACGAGCGCGCGCUAGAGGGUGAUUUCCAAGCGGCUGCCUUACAAUCUCUCAAGAUAAUUUGUCGUGAGACAGAGGGUUUAGACGAUUUGACGUCCCCAGACGGAAUGAGAGUAAUGUACGGGUUGGCCGGUUUAGUGGAUAAUGACCCGGAUGAACGUUCUCAAUCAACUGUUCAGGAGGAAGCUUUGAAGUGUCUUUCUAAUUUGUUGUUGAAGAACCCUCAUUUGGCUGAAUUAUGUCAGACAGAAGGUGUACUCGAAGGUGUAAUGAAACGAAUAGCAAAUCGUGGCUCAGUCUCGCUUUCAAGUGGAAUAAAGUUUUUUGAUGCCCGACUUCUGUUUCUUGUCACAGCUUUGGCUCCUAAAUCGAGGUGUCUUAUAACUAGAGAGUUACAUGGAAUUCCAUCACUAGUCAGAGCACUUCAACUCGACAUCGUCGACGCUUCAGGAAAUCUGGUGCGGUACACCGAUGAGAAGUCACGUGACAUGUGUGAAUUGCUCAAAGUUCUGUACAGUCUAACAUUGGAUAUAGAUGGCUUGGAUGAGCAAGACUUUAAAGCUCUCGAUGGACUUGUUCAUGUUGUUCGAUUGGUUUUGUUGUCGGAAGAUCCUGGGUGGUCAACCGAUAUAAAGAGUCAUGCUAUAAAUAUAUUGAUCAAUAUGCCGAGUAGAUGUGUAAGUAUGCUUGUGCCUUCUGUUACAGUACAGGAAGAACCAGCAGCUGUUGUGUCAAUGUACGAGGAUUGUGACGUGUCUGCUAUUGAUGCACUAAUAGCUCACUUGUUGCAGACACUGAGUUGCGUCGAGUUAGAUUCGCCAGCUAAUGCUGUCAUUUCUAUCCUAACAGCAAUGCGGUCUUGUGCAAAAUCAUCUAGGAUAAUUCGAAAGCACAUGCGAGGAAAGAUUCUUCCUCCACUACACCAUGUCACAGCUCGACCAGAAGAUAGUGGUGGUCUAAAGAGUUUAUUGGUUCAGCAGAUGACGUCACACAUUACCCAUUUGAAGGAAAUGGUGGCAGACUUUCUCUUUAUUCUUUGCAAAGAGAAUGUGUCUCGUCUCAUCAAACAUACUGGCUAUGGCAAUGCAGCGGGGAUGUUGUUCCAGCGCGGCUUGCUCGGUGGUGACCAACCAAGUGCAUCAAGCGAGUACUCAAGUGACGAAGACAGCGACACCAAUGAAUAUCUGGAAUCAGAUCUAGAUCCUAUCACAGGGGGACCCGUAGGACCAAAACUUGAUGCAAAUGAAGAUUUGACCGAAGAAGAAAAGGAAGUCGAGGCUGUCAAACUGAUGCAUCUGUUUCAACAGCUUAACUCCAACAGUUGUCUGAAGGUGGUCCCUAUUGGUGAAGACGGCAAACCGUUAUUGCCAGAUGGCAACAAAGAAGGUGAAGCAGUAGACUCUGAUGAUGAGGUUAAUGGUGACUGAUGUGAAACAUCUGGAAAUCAUAACUGACAGUUUGUUGACCACAAUUUAUUUGUUGCAUAAUUUUUAGUGUGACAUUGAUUGCGUGUGUAAGGUAUGACUGCACUGAGUAUACAUACAUAGAUGUAGUAUAAUUGUGACUGUUAAUUGGCAAUUGCGAUUAAUGCAAACGGUGACAGUUGCUACUACAAUAUAGUAGGUUGAUGUUACAGAAGUAUAGGUUAUAGACUGCUGGCGAGUGUUUAAGCAAAAUACACCUCGCU